UCCGUCACACAAAUUACAGACAUCUGACAUACGGACAUUCUAACAUUUAGUUACAGGCUAGUAUUUCAAUUGCCAGAAUGUCAGUAGUCACUAAUCAGUAUUAUGGACUAGUGGGCAGUGGCGUAACGUAAUACGUUCACAGAACACUGAAAGUAUUUUUAAAUCUUACUGGAGUACCCUUGCCCCCCUUUCCACCUUCUCAUGGCUACGCCACUGUUAGUCUCAACUAAAAUAGUUGUCAGUCGGCCAGUCUACAACACUUUGUGGAGUGUAUACUGCGAAACAAUUCUAAAAAACGACUUUGAACUUGUUGGAGUCCAUUGGGGCAUCCAACAGGGUGCGCGAUACACCUGUAGCACUCAUAAGUUGUUUUUAUUCGUAAAUCGCGAUUGUGACACAUUUUAAGGAAGAAAUAAAUAAUGUCGUUGUACGAUAGAUAGUAGUGAUCAGUAGUCGAUCGUUAAAAGUCUGCGGAGCCGUCGUCGGGCGGUGGAAGAAAAGCGAUCUCGAUCGACGUCGUCACGACAGUACCUACGAAUACGACGGCCGGUUCCGUCGCUCAGUUUCGCCUCGUCACUCGUGCGUUUCGGUCCGUCUCCGUCCCGUGUUCGGACUGUUCUGUCGGAAGACGGUGGACAAUCACGUACGGCAGUCGACACUCGACAGAUAUAGUACUGCGACACACGUACGUGACAUUCACACGCGGACAGUCUUGUACGGCGUCCACCAUCGCCGUCGUCAUAGACGGUUGCAGUUCGUCGCGUCGCAUGCAGUGACGUAUGUAUAGAUUCAGCGGUUGUUUGCCCCCUCGUUAUUUGUGUUGCUGAUAAAUCACAUACACACCAACAUCACCCGACAGCGAUAAUAUUUAACAAUUUAAUAUUAAUAUAGUACUAAAUUAUACAAUACUUGAUUUAUAUGUGAACAGAAAAUAGGUAGGUAACGCAACAAUACCGGCUGCGUUGAAAUAAUAUACCUACAUAAUACACCAAACGAUUGAUAUAUUCGUUUUUGGUUUUAUUUUUCUACUCAUAAUCCUGCCUACGUUUGUCUUUGGCUCUCGGGUGCAAUUGACGUGUAAGUCAUUGUUGGUCAUUUUUUUAUUUAUGAAAUCUCAUAGUUGUGGUUCCCUCCCUUCCACUGAAAACGGCAUGUCUGUUGUGGAUUUGGGGGAGUACAGCUGAUAGACGCCACACUUAUGUCUACUGUGUGUUUUUUUUAACCUAGUCAGCCUAGUCUUCACACGACUAGAAGAUGUUGUCACGUUUUAGCGGCCACGUUGUGGUCGUCCUGCUCAUAGCAGCGCUCAAUACUGGUCCGGCGUGCACAGAACUUAUUGGCCUAUAUGAAGACACUGAUUUGAUGGAAAUAUUGGAUAAAACGAAUUUUAAUGACAAAGUGUUGCAAGGAAACACAUCUUACGUGAUUGAGUUUUACAAUGCUUUUUGUGGACAUUGUAUAAGGUUUUCGACCCCUUGGAAAGGAUUUGGAAUUCAAGUCUACGGGUGGAGGAAUUAUGUAAAAGUUGGUGUAAUUGACUGUUCAAAUGAAAUAAACAGUCAAAUAUGCCGAGAUUAUGAAGUCAUGGCUUAUCCUACUGUACGCUACUUUCCUCCUCGGCCAGCAUCAGAUAAUAUUGGUAAAGAUUUUAUUAGAUCUUUUAAUAUACAAGUUAUGAAAGAUUUUCUCAUUAAAAUGCUUCAAGAAACUCAAAAAAACACAACUGAAUCAAUUUUGUGCGAUAUACAGCCCUACGAAAAAGCCAAUGUAGAAUUGGAUACAAAUAAUAUUUUAACAUUUAUUGUAAUUGAUAAAUCAAACAAUAAGCUUGCUCAGGAGCUCAUUAUUGAUUUCUGUCCACUCAAAAAAGUUAAAAUAAUAAGCGCAGAAAAUUCUAACACAGAAUUGUCUGACCUAUUAAAAACAGAAACAUAUCCAAGUCUUUAUCUUGUUGAAAACAAUAACCAAUUCAAACUUUUAGCAAGUGGAAAUAACAAAACAAGUUUUACAAAUUCCAUUAAUAAGUACUUGGAAACAGUGCACAUGACUCCAUUUAGUUUAAUUGAUAUUACUACAACGCUUUAUAAUUUAUUAUUUCAAAAAGACAAAGGUUCAGUGCAUACUGAUAAUACAGUUUAUUUGUCAGAUUUAGAAGCUACUUUAAGAUAUUCUUUAGAACAUGAGAUUCUAUCACGGAGUGUUAUCACUGGCGAGUCAUUAACUGCGUUGAAUAGUUACUUAGAACUUCUUAUUGAAUGUUUCCCUUCUAGUAUUAGAGGUAAAAAAUUCAUUAAGUUAAUAUGGGAUCAUACACGUUUCAAUAAAACAGUGUCUGGAGAGAAACUUGGAAAUUUUAUUAACAACUAUGAAUUGUUGUUAAAACCUUAUGUUACUAAUCAUAUUUGGAUGGGAUGUGAAGGUAGCCAGCCAAUGUAUAGGAAAUAUCCAUGUGGCUUAUGGACUAUGUUUCAUACACUUGCAGUACAAGCAUCUAUGAAGAAUUUGAUAACAUUUAAUGGAAAACAAGUUUUGGAAACUAUUGCUGGUUAUGUAAAACAUUUCUUUGGAUGUACAGAUUGUUCUGAACAUUUCAUGAAUAUGGCUACAACAAUUCAAACCAAUGUUUCUUCAUUGGAUGAUGCAGUGCUGUGGCUUUGGUCAGCUCAUAAUCAAGUAAACCAGAGACUUAAGGGUGAUGUUACUGAAGAUCCAAUGCAUCCAAAAAUAUUAUUCCCGUCGAAAGUACACUGUGAAACAUGUUAUCAAAAUAGUACUGAUAUGUGGAAUAAAACCGAAGUGCUAAAAUAUUUGAAAAAUAUGUAUUCAGCCAUCAGUCUUCAAAAGACAACAUAUGAUAAUAUUCAUUCUCAACCUAAAAAUUUGAUAAUCUCCAGUAAAAGAUCUAUUGACGAUGAUGAUGAUAUUAAUUAUAAUAACAAUGUGCUUGAUGAAAAAGUAUGGAUGUUUGAUAUUAACACUUGUAUGGUAAUAUAUAUUUUAUCAUGUAUUGUUUUAAUGACCUUAUUUUAUUUACUGUUGGUGAAGAAACACUGUAAAAAAAAUAAAUUUAUUUAUUUGAUACUGGGUAAAGUUUGAUUGUUACUAUAACUUAA